AUGACCUCUGCACCACCCCUCGACGUGCCCCUGCACGUCAAGUAUAUCCAGCAGCUCGAUGAGAAGAAAGACCUCGCGUACCACCUCACAGAGCACCUCCGCCUGAACGGCGUGUACUGGGGCCUGACGGCGCUGAGUAUCAUGGGCCACAAGGACGCUCUGCCGCGCGACGCCAUGGUGGACUAUGUCAUGAGCUGCUGGGACGACGAGGCCGCUGACACUUUACCCCCCCCCCCUUCUUCAGGUGCAUUUGGCGCUCAUCCAGGCCACGAUGCGCAUAUCCACGGGACAUGUUCUGGUAUCCAGAUCCUGAUCAUGCAAGAUGCGUUGGAUCGCGUGGACGUUGACCGCGUCGUCAAAUUCCUGCUCACGCUUGUGGGCCCCGACGGCCGUGUCGAGGGCGACCAGUUUGGCGAGUUUGACGUCCGCUUCUCGUACAUCUUCGUCAUGGUCCUGUCGCUCCUGGGCCGGCUGGACGCCAUGGACACCAUCUACGACGGCAAGGGACGGCAGCUCGUGGUGGACAAUAUCGUCAACAGCAUGAACUUUGACGGCGCGUUCGGGAGCGAGCCCGGUGCCGAGAGCCAUGGCGCAAUGGUGUGGGUGUGCGUCGCUUCCCUGGCGAUCCUGGGCGAACUGGACCGCAUCGACCGCGACCUGCUCGGCUGGUGGCUGUCGGAGCGCCAGCUGCCCAACGGCGGCCUGAACGGCCGCCCCGAAAAGCUCGAGGACGUGUGCUACUCGUGGUGGAACUUGGCGGCACUGAGCAUCAUCGGCAAGCUGCACUGGAUCAACCGGGACAAGCUCAUGGCUUUUAUUCUCGGCGCACAGGAUCUCGAGGGCGGCGGGAUCGCCGACCGGCCGGGAGACUGGGUGGACGUCUUCCACACCGUGUUCGGGCUCGCGGGGCUCAGCCUCGUCGGGUAUCCGGGCCUGAGGGAUAUCGACCCGCUGUACUGCAUGCCGGCGGAGGUUACCGACAAGAUGGGCCUCAGGAGGGAUUACAGGACGUUGCCACGGCUCGAGCAGUGGCCUCAGGCAUAG